AUUAUGCUAUGCUCUUAUUUCAGAGAGCCCUGAGCAUGAAUUCUAUGCGAGGCCUAAAUCUUGUCAUUAGAUUGACGUCGGUCUUUCAACAUAAUAUUCAAAUAUUCAAUAGAUCACCCGUUAAUUAGAUGAAAGUGCUAAGUUAGACAUCAAAAUUGCAUAAAAUCUGUGUACUGUACAGCACAUAUGCUUGUACAUAGUAAAUGAACAAGAUACAAGUUACUUGCUUGCAUUAUCGUGUACAUACCAACGUGCACACACUUUGCAUGUGUAAGUAGACGCAGCUUCAUAAGCAAGCGCGAGCGUAGAAACGCAUUUAUCUACACACAUGUGUGUGUACACAUACACGUUUGCAUCAGCGAUGAAACGCACCUACAGGAUCGAUAAAAGAGGAAGAUCGUGGUCACGGGGUACGUGGGGUAUGGAAAAGGAAAGUAGAAUAGCGACAAGCAGAGAAAGGGAAGUAGAGACGCGCGCGUUGGGUGUGAGUGGUUGCGAGGUUGCUCAGGGUGGUGAGUGGUGAGUGGUGAAUGGCGAGGGUGGGCAGGCGGGCGGGCGGAGUGGGCGGUGGUGGUCAGGCGGUGAGCAUAAAGAGGAUAGGAUAAUAUCGGUACACAACCUCCGCGGUAGCUUCAAGUUCGCCGCUUUAAUACCGGCAUAUCUACGAUGUAGUUAUGCCGAAGAAAAGUACAAGGCAUGUGAAAGAGCCAGGAUUAACGAGAAGUUCUCAUCACAGAAGCAAUAAUACCGCGAUUGGGACGGAUCAAGAUACAAAACACUUUCGAAGCGUUCGCAUCGGUCUUACCAACGGCAAGCGUUGGCUCUCUCUUAAGAAACGCUUAGGACUGUCAACUGAUGAAGAUGUUGCGGUUUAUCUGCUUGAUCUUGCAGAGUCUGCUUCCAGGCACAGCGACAAAUACAAUGGAGAAGAGCAAAGAGCGGUGGAUGAAGAUAAGAAGAACAAGACGCAAAUGGUACCGAAUGAAAACGUGAUAGAUGACACAAAGGAAUCUCUUCGUAGAAGUUUGAGAAAACAAAACAGUAAUGCUGCUUCUGAACGUGAAGCCUUUUCUAUGGAUACUGCGCAGACUAUGUUAUCCAAUGAUGUUGAGUUACAAGCAAAACUUAGUUCGAGAUCUAAACAUCACAAGAAUAGAGCUAAGCAUCACAAAGAUAAACGAAAAAAGAAAAGGCACCUGAAAACUGUUGAUGUACUUUUGUCAAUAGAAACUCCUGAACAACUAUCCAACGAUACACCAUUGGAAGACAAAGAACAGAACGAUGCAAAAAAAGGCAAUUCUAGAUUAAUGGAUGGAAGUGGUAUUGAGCCAAAUUUGAAAGAUAGCCUUCGCAUUGCUACAAAAGAGGUUGAAUCUAUUGAAACAAAGACUGAGCGCGUAGGUAGCAUAGAAUUUAUAGAAAGUGUAAAUACUAACAAAAAUGUACUUUAUCGCGACAUUAAAGAUGUCGAUAUGGAAAACAUUGCGACGAUUAAUAACCAGUGCGAUCAGUUGAGACAGAAUACUGUGACGAUAGUUCCCACUAUUAAGAGCAAUGCUAGUGAAACAGUCAUGGACGAAGUGUCUGACAGAUUGGACAUGGUACGCGAUGUAUCUUCAUAUGUUGAGCCUGCGGAGACAAAGGAUGAUAAAAAUCUUCCAUGUGGUAUUUGUUACAUCGGUAAUAGCGAAUAUGACGGUACGGUAGCUAAUUGUUCCAGCUUGAAUACAAAUGCAGCUCAAGAACCGAAUAAUCGAAAGUUGAAAAAGAAACGAAAACGGUUGAAAUACGAUUCCCAAGGAGAAGAAGAUGAAGAUGCAAAAGGAGAUUCGUCCGAGGAUUUUCUAGAUGAUUCUCCGCAUAAACAUAGGAAGAAAAGGCACAAACAUACCAGUGAACAUAGAAGUCGUAGGCAUCACGAUGUACGGAAAGCACCUCAAGAUGGAAUAAUCAUACAGGAUGAUAAAAAUCCGUGCUCUUUAACGGACGAUGUAUCGGCAAUCGCAGAUUCAAAAAUACAAAACGAAGCAACUAUCGAAAAUUUAAUGUCUGAGCCGCAAAGAUUAGCUAUUAAAAUAAAACUCUGCCAAGAAUGCAAUAAUCGCCACCUACAAGAUGCCUGUCCAUUGACUACACCUCAAUACGCGAUUCCGGAUUCCAUAACGUACGAAGAUUGGUUGAACGAACAUAGAGAAAAUACCGAAGUUUUAAAAGCCAUAAAAUGCGAUGACCCUAUGUCCGAAGGAUAUGGUAAAUUGGCCGAGGAAAAUAUCGAGUCAGAUGAUGAAUCUCUACAAACCGAACAUUGUAAAAUGAAAGCGAAAACUCAAAAAGAAGAGAAGCGGUUGACUGUAGACAUGGAUCGACCGCUGUAUGCCAGGGACUCAUUGCCUGAAUGCUUAGAAUUAAGAAUUACUAAUUCGGAACACGGACUUGGAAUAUACGCAAGAAACUCUGUUCCAAUGCACGUGAAGCUGGGUCCUCUUGUUGGACGGAUAGUUAGGGAAAUGGACAUUCCUGAUGACUUUUCCAUGAGACACAUUUGGGAGAUAGAUAAUAAUGGUAAAACCUCGUACAUUAGUACCACCAACCCGCUAAGGAGUAAUUGGAUCCGUUAUAUUAGACCGGCUGAAACAAAGGAGAAAAGAAGCGUCGCUGUUAUUACGAAGCAGGGAGAGUUGCACCUUGUUACUACUCAAAAUAUUGUGUCAGGAAUGGAACUUACAUAUUGGGCAGAUUCACAAUCUUCGGCAUGGACAAGAAAGAAUAAAGUAGACAAAACGAAUUGUGGGGGAUGCAAUUUGAAUUUUGCUCAUCCGAUAUACUAUCGUCUGCAUUGUUGCAUCUUCCAUGACACCAACUACAGUUUGACGAUAAGAAAGUAUCACUGCAAGGUAUGUGGAGCUGCUGUUUUGGGCAAGGACAACAUCAUGAAGCACGCAGUGGAAUUACACGAAGGCCAGGGCGCAUAUCAAUGUCAAUAUUGUAAAAAAUUCUUUAUACGCUUAAAUUACCUUGAAAUGCAUCGAACUUACGGGUGUGCACAAAAUCCGCAACGUUCGAGACCAUUAUGUGAUUUUUGUGGACGUAAAUUCUGUCAACCGCAAAAGUUGAAAGUGCACAUCAAACGAAUGCAUAGUGAUAUGUCCGAGGUGCUUCGAGAGUUUCAGUGCAAACUCUGCUUGAAACUUUUGGGUUCUCGUGCCGCCCUUCAACGUCAUAUGAAAGAGGUUCAUCACAAAGAUGUUGUUGGUGCCGCGACUUGCGAUCGAUGCGGAAAAAUGUUCCAAAACAAGAGUAAUUUGAAGAUACACAUGUUGACGCAUAGCGGAGUGAAACCGUUCAAGUGUAAAGAAAACAGUUGCAAAGCGGCUUUCACUACCAAGCAGUGCUUACAGUUUCAUUAUAAGAAAGUGCAUGGGCUUACAGAGGAGAUGAUGCCUAAAAUCGAACGAUCAGUCGCGUAUACUUUCGAUGCUUAUAGUGGUGGAUUGAUCGAAGAUGUUGGUCGUGGAAAGACUCCUCGACCUAGCGGAAGAACUUCUCAGCAAGACAAUAGUAACAGUCUACCAUCUUUGGACAAUGACAGUUCAGAAAACGGUAUGAAGGUUGAGAUGACGAAUAAUACUACGCAUUCAACUAUAAUCGAAUUCGGAACGAAUGCAACGCCCAAGUAUAAAGUGGAACAUAAUCCACGGAUGUCAACACCGUCGUUAACAUCAAGUACUCUAGAGUCAACGACAGUAGAGAGCGCUCGUACAGAAUCAGAUUUCUACGGUGUUACAAGGUUGCAAAGCAAAGGUAGUAAAAAGUGGCUCGGUGAAUUUAAUCCUUCAACGACAUCGGACGUGACCUUAAUGUCAAAUGCGAUCCCCCGCCUGUCGACGAGCGUCAUUACCGGGAAUACUUACGAAUUUGAAGACAACAGAAAAGAGAUCGAUGAAAAAACAUCAUUGUCGACGGUCACCGGGAGAGCACAGAGUAUCAUGGACAAUAGUAAACUCGGACUUGGCGUCUAUAGAAGGACUGAGAGCGCUAACGCUAGUUUGUUGGUCGAAGCUGCCCUUGACGCCGCUGAAAGAGAAAUAGGAGCUGUGUCGAGUCCAAUGUUGGAGGAUAGUGGUCGCGAUACUAACCUCUACUCUAUCUCUAGUCAGCUGCAAUCUCCGUUACCUCAAAGAUCACCGAACCAUUUGGAUUCCUAUAUGCAGCAACAGACAGAAUUGUUAUCACCUGCGCCUACUCCAGACAGUCGGAAUACGCCACCUACUCAUCUGCACGUCGAUUAUCAACUGCACCGGCCCGUUGACUACAUCGGUACACCGAGAACACAUAAUAUCGAUCAAUACUUGCAUCACGAAGACAUACCACGCGUUCCUUCGCCAAACAAUUACAUUCACAUUCAACAGGACGAUUUAGUAUCACCUUCCGCCACACCGAACUCUCGAUAUUCGGACGUGCAUCAUCACCAUCAUCACCACCACCACCAUCACCACCAUCAACAGCAGCAACAGCAGCAGCAGCAGCAGCUGUCCGCGGACAAUUUAUCCAGCGACGAAGGUGAUUCCGUAGCGCAAAAUCUCAGUCUGUCCGUGAAAGAGAAAACGAUGCAGUUAGAUCUUUCAACGUCGUAUAAAUACGAUACCCUUGAGCAAUGUCCUCUCGUUCUCAAUGGAGGAGAGCUUCAGGGCUUGGAUAUGUCCGCGAGGGGAUUCCAUCACGGCUUUGGUGUGCAAAUACAAAACACCAGUCGAUAUCGCCACCAUCAUCUGUAUGAAAUUACAGAAAGGCAAAGCGUUGAUCUUAGCAGGACCGGAAGCUAUUCGAUGUCACCUACACCUCUUUCACCAGCUUCUCAACCACCGCCUGUUACCGUGGCAGCUCCACCGCCUCCUCCUCUAUCUUCCUCUGUUCCUGCCGGUGUUCCUCCACCUCCGCCACUACCCCCGACACCGCCACCACCACCUUAUCCUCAUAACGACGUUUUGAGAGUCGUAAGUUUGGAUCUCACUCCCGGUGGAAGGCAUACCGUCGAUCUCACUCUUUCGAGAUCUCACUUACACGGAACCGGAGCACGUGUGAUCGCGAGUCCUCAAUCAUCAGGCUCCGGUACUCCGCACAUCGUACCUGAUGCGGUGGAUGGCCGAAUAUUGUCUUCCUCCCCGCCACCACCUCCUUUGGCAGGAUACAAUCCAAGUUAUCCUGUAAGCCCUGCGCCGUAUCAUCCACCUAGACCAGGAUACCAUCACUACACUGGUUACUAUUGAUCGCGUUCGGUUUGCCUCAGGUAUAUACGUCGAUGCUGACUUCCAGUAUGUUGUUCAAUUAUUCUUCUGCUUCUUGAUUUUCUUAAGCAUAUUCGCACACACUUGUUUCUUGCGUAUUUUCCCUUUCUACUCUUAUAUUUUCAGACACCUCUUCGAAUUUUUUUUUAUCAUAAUCCUGCUUCUGAAUAGGCGAGGAUAACAUGGAGUAGAAGUACUGCCACUUCGUGCAGUCGCUCGUAGAAAUCAUCGAUUCUUGUUUAUACGUUUUUCUUCCCCGUUUCUUGUCGUAGUAAUUUUGUACAUUUUAAAACCGUGCAAUACUCGAAAAAUAUUCUUUACGUCCAUUAACGUCGACGAUGUUUCUUGAUCAACGCGUUCAAGGACUUGAUUUGGUCUUUCGUUAGUCGAGACAUGACAGAAACUUAUGAAAUUGAUCGAAUAAUCGAAACGUAACUUUAGACAGGUUAAAAAUUUGUAAAACUCUUUAUCUUUCGAACUAAAGUACAACUCUGGAUCAGAGCCGCGCACAAAUGUAAAAAAUCAAUUAUGUUAGACCGUCGAGUUACUAAAACGGUUUAAAGUACGCGAUCGGGUUAAUAAAAUCACGUGUUAAACGUGAUCGUCGUAAAAGUGUAUAGUGAAAUGGGGGGUGUACCUAUUAUUUUUCAAAUGAACGUUAUUUUUUUAAGAUAUUUAUAAACAAAAUUGUAGAAAGAAAUUCGUUUCGCGAUUAAAAGUACGAUUCAUGGAUUAGAGAAAUUACGUGAUUUCUCGAUUAUGUCACAUUCAGAUCGUAUGUUUAUAUUAUACACAUUCUUUAUCACGAUCAUAUAAAAUUCAGACACGAUGAUUGCACCAUUUGUUAACAGAUAGAUAUUUCCAUAACGAAAUUUUACUCAACUUUUACCAUUAACGCCAUAUAUUUAUUUAUUUCUUGUUCAUCGAUAAACACGUACAUACGUGGUAGAUACCACAUUAGUAAUCAUCAUCAAUUUUCGUAUUUUAACAUUCUUCGUAUAAUUCCUCAACGGCCUGAACGUUAUUUUUCUCGUCGUCGUUGUCGUUCUCAUCCUCAUCGUCAUUAUACUGUCCGUGACACUUCGAUUGAGAAUUUUUCAAUCGAAUCGCUGUAUAUAAAUUGAAUAUGAACGAACAGGGAGUUUCGAUACUACUUGUUCGAUUACACAAUUUUUAAUUUAUGAGAUACCUGUAUCGCGAUAUCAAUCAAUCGAGGCAGUUCAGAAUUCGCGAAACAAAUUAUUCGAGUUGCCUAAUGAUAGCUGUAAGUAUAGGCAUAGCGUUAACGAAUAUUAGACGUUCAUUUUCAUUCUAGUCAUAGCAUGCGCGUGUAAGAUUAAUAUUAAUUAAAUUGUAAUGAGUUGUCUGACAUUGUACAAAAAAAAAAAACACGAUAAAUCUACUCAAAGACACACUUAUCCUUGUUUGCAUUGUACAACAGAUGCAAGCAGUAGAAGUAUUCAAUUGUAUUAUAACUUUCACGUGAAUUAGAAUUGAUAAGACAAGAAUCAAGCUUAUUUGUCAAAUUCGUGGCGCGAGUAGCUUCCAGUUUUUUUCAAAUUUUAUUUAUUAAUCGUUUCCGAGAACCAAAGACCGAAGAAUCAUGGGAACUUUUGUGCCAAAUCGAUAAGACGUUUGUCACUGUACGUGCAUUUUUAAAUCUCAAAAGUCGCCGAUUAUUUUAUAUUAUUUAAAAAUACUCGUAGCGUUUAUGUAGGUAUGUACAUGAAUAUACAUGGAUGUAUGUAUGUAUGUAAAUAUAUAUGCUCUGAUAUGUAAGCGAGUAGAUGCGUGCAUGCGUCAUUCAUUCUUUUUUUUCUAGCGGUGCAAACAAAUUUCUCAUUUUUUAACGUGUAUUCUUUGUCAACUCUUUGUAUAUCGUCAAUGUUGUUUCCUUCCGUUUUUUUGCCUCUUUUAUGUUCUAUAUAUUACGUUUACACAUUUUAGAAAUUGGCGUUUCCAUUUGACGACCUUCGACCAGUUCUGCAUAUUACUGUCCUUAUUUUUAUAUGAACGUAUGCAAAGACAAAUGUCUUUUAUUCAUUUGUUCGUGUAUUAUCGUAAACUAUGAUUACUUCAAACUUCAAACAAUGUUCACGAGUACAAAUAUAGCACAGAAUACAUUUGUAUCGACUUUCUUAAUAUCGUAAAUGAAAUUAAUAGAAUAAAAUAGAAAAAGAAUAGCAUAA